AUGGUAAUGAUGGAAGCGGGCUCGCAUGCCGGCUGCUGCUGCUGCAACUUCCCCGAUUUAGCUGCCGCCGCUGUGCUCAUGCAGUGUUCCCAUAUGCGUGAGCAAGGGGGGCGACUGUGUGAGGAUCGUUGGAGGAUGAUGGGCGGUGCACACAUGAUGGAUUGGGAGCAGCAGCUGUGGACACACACGUCCAUGGUCAUGGUGGACACAUCCAACCACAGCGACGCAAUCAUCUCGGCCGUCACCGUCAUCGCCAUCAUCGCCAUCGACUGCACAGCCGCCAUCAACCGACCGACACCAGCCCCAAUCUGGCGUGAGGCAGACAUUGCACAUGUCACUCGCUCUGAUGAAGAGGUGAGCAUCGUUGAGGAGGCGCAUGAAGCGGUGGAACCAAUGAUGAUGGCGAUGACGAGUGAUGAAGAAACAGCUGAUAUAUUGCUGUAUUUGGAUGAACUGGCCUUCCGUCUCUCGUCCAUCCCCUCCUCGUCCUCGUCCUCGUCGUCGUUGGUCACCAACAGCAGCGGCUGCGACUGUGGAUGUGGAGGUGAGAUGAAUGGUGGUGGUGGUGGUGACGUGGGUGGUGUGUGA